CGUACUUUAUUACAUCAGUAUCAUUCAUAUGGAAAUUGAAAAAUUAGGGGAUUUUGACGUCAGUCUUUGUAUUAAUUCAUAUUCACUACUUGUCAAUAUGACAUAUUUACUGUUACUGGUUUUUAAAAAUGUAGAUGUUUUUGCAGUGGUCACUCCUUUCCGUACACACGCGAGCGCACACAAAUAACGCACGGAUGAACAGACAUAAACGGACAUGACAGAUGGACAAACUCUCCUUUUGCAGCUCACAGACCGAAGGACGCCCUAAAGCGCAACUGAUAAGCGGCUUUAAAUUGGCUCAUCUGGCGUCAGUGGCCUCAGGCUGCAGGUGGACGCACCGGAGCUGCCAACACACCGCUCUAACGAUUUGAGGAUUUGAAUGCGUUUUUGAUCAAAACUCCGCCGGGCUUCCCUGUAUUUCGGGAGAGAAAAUGCUAUAGGCGAAACUUUAUCAGCUUUUAAUAUUUAUUACAUUGGAGAUGUGCUUUACUUUGUGAUUAAAACACAUCAUGACUGUUUCCAUUCCGUUUUGCGUAAAGCGCGCACUGGAGCGCUCGGGAGCUGCACAUUAAUCCAUGUAGAGUCUCCCUGGCACCAUGGUGAGACCGCAGAUGGGUGACCAGAGUCCUGUCCGACCUUCCUGAUAGUCUGGUGGCCGCGCUGCUGGGGCUCGGAACGGGACGGAGCGGCGCAGCCCCGGUGCAGAUGGGGGCCAACCUGACGGAGGCGGCGAAGGCGGAGGGGCAGAAUCUGUUGGCCCUGGUGUUCGGGGUGCUGCUAAUUAUGGCGAUCAUCUGCGGAAACCUGCUGGUGUGUCUGAGCGUGAUCAUCGAGAAGGCGCUGAAGACCACCACCAACUACUUCAUCCUCAGCCUGGCGGUGGCGGAUCUGAUGCUGGCGGUGCUCGUACUGCCGCUGUUCGUCUAUUCUGAGUUCCAGGAUGGUGUGUGGACCCUCAGUACCACCAUCUGUGAUGGUCUGAUGACCAUGGAUGUGAUGCUGUGCACUGCCUCCAUCUUCAGCCUUUGUGCCAUCAGCAUCGACAGGUUCAUUGCUGUGUUGAUCCCUCUCAACUACAACAGGAAGCACGUGGACCUGCGGCAGGUUUUCCUGCUGUCAGCCACCUGGAUCCUGGCCUUGGCCGUGGCCUCGCCCAUCAUGUUCGGCAUCAACAACGUCCCAGGCCGUGACCCCAGAGUGUGCAAACUGGGGAAUGACGACUACGUCCUCUACUCGUCUGUGUGCUCCUUCUUCAUCCCCUGUCCCAUCAUGCUGUUGCUGUACUGCAGCAUGUUUCGUGGCCUGCAGCACUGGGAGGAGGCACGUAAGGCUAAACUGAGGAACAGCAUCCAGGCCUGCCGCAAGCUGCAGGAGGCUACCACCUCACUGCCGCCACCAAUCUUAGAGCGGGAAAUGACAGAUACUCCGGAUGAACCUUCCACCUUCCCAUCUUCAGAUGGACCCUUUAACUCGUCAGAGUACAAAGAUGGUCCCGUGCUGACAGUGAACUCUGCAGAGAUCAAGUUCAACCCCGGCCCUCACAGGAGGAAGAGGGCCAAGAUCAACAGCCGGGAGAGAAAGGCCAUGAAGGUGCUUCCUGUCAUUGUAGGUGCCUUCCUGUUUUGCUGGACCCCUUUCUUUGUCCUCCACACACUGCGAGCUCGCUGUCAGGGCUGCCACAUCUCACCGGUCCUGAUGAGUGUGGUGACCUGGCUCGGCUACGUCAACAGUGCUCUGAACCCUGUCAUCUACACUGUCUUCAACACUGAAUUCAGAAGCUUUUUCAAAAAGGUUCUGCACCACUGCUGCUCCUAGAAGGCCAGAUAAGCAUACUGCUGCUGCAUGGACAGCUUUUAAAUGCACAACAGCUACAGGAGAUGCUAGUGGCUGUCUGCCCCGUCUGUCUGAUGGGACGCCUACAGAGAAAUCAUUUCCCUCUGAAACUCUCACUGGAUAAAAAUACCACCUGAAAUCAGCUUUUUAUUCAUAAACAAACAUCUGAGGAGGUGAUAAGAGAACAGGCUCCUUCUGAAUCCUGCUGCAUAAAGACGCCCUGGACACAGAAAAUUAAAUAUGAUAGAAAUUAGUUUAAUGAUGUGAAGGAGCUGAUUUUUUAUCUUAAAAAGUGUUGAUACCUUAUAGAAACAUUCAUUGAUUUUUAUUGAUGGUCUUCAGUGAUUAAGUUUCUUUGUUCAGGUUCACUCGAGGAAAAACGUCACAAUUUAAAUUCAAAUUGUAUCUGAUGAACCCGAUGUACCGUAUCUACGUGGUAUGAAAGUAUGUAGUCAGGAAAACAUUCCUGCCGCAUACAUCCUGUAGAGGUGGUGGUAGCGUUGCAUGUUGGCAUCUGGCGUUUCCAAGUUGCCUUCACCAGAAUCAUAGCAGUCCCUCAAAGUCCACUCACAGCUCUGGACUUCACACUCAACUUUUGCUUCUUAACUUUAAAGUGUACAUCAUGUGUAAAAGGAAGGAAAUUCAAGAAAACUACAUUUCAUUCUUGUCUUGCACAGCAAAGAUAAUAUUUUUCAGAACUUCAAGGACUCUGU